AUGGCUCCUGCGCGUCAACAACCGGCGCCUCCGCCUUUCAGCAAGGAUGAAAAAGUGCUAUGUUUCCAUAUGGAUAUGCUCUAUGAGGCCAAGAUCAUGGACGUCCAGCAAGGUGAGAAACCCAGUGAUGGGUACAAGUAUAAAGUCCACUACAAGGGGUGGAAGAACACUUGGGACGAUUGGGUCUUGGUUGACCGCAUCCGGCCUUUUGACGACGAACACAAGGAGCUGGCAGCACAGCUUCAUGCGCAACUGAAGCAUAACAUCCAAAGGAGCACAAAGCCGCCCAAGAAAGGUCUCCGGAGUGGUGCUGAGUCGGCCAGAGUUAGCGAAGAACGAUCAGGCUCGGCCACUGUUCAGGGAGGCAGGGGAGGUAGGCGAGGAAAAGAUUGGGAACUUGAACAGGGCUUUCCCAUCUCAAACGUCAGGGGCGGUACCGAGGAGGCCCAGCCUAGCGAGUCUGUCGAUCCUGGCAAGUCGUCUCGGAAGCUCAGAUUCGGAAGCAUCAAAGAGCCCAAGGACCUCCUCACGGCACACCCUUCCGAGAACCACCGCUAUGUGACCGAUUCUGGGAAGCUCGUUCAGGAUGACCGAUACACUGCGCCCCUGUCCGUUAAAGCCGAGCCUAAGCAGCCUCGUCGCAAGCACUCAAAGCCUUCCAAGCAUGCCACUAAGCCCAAGCGGCGCUCAUUUGACCAGCCUGACCAACUUGAGAUGGAGGAUUCUUUCCAUAACAAGCCCAUGAUCAACCUACCGGUUCCCGAUCACAUCCAAGCCAUGCUGGUCGAUGAUUGGGAGAACAUUACCAAGAACAACCAGCUGGUCCCUCUGCCUCACUCCAAGCCAGUCGCCAAGAUUUUUGAAGACUACCUUGCCCAUGAGCGCCCUCACCGAGAGGAGGGAUCAUCCAGCAUGGAUAUCUUGGAAGAGGUCGUAGCAGGUCUUCGCGAGUACUUCGAGAAGGCUCUUAGCAGGAUCCUACUCUACCGCUUUGAACGUCACCAGUAUAUGGAAAUGAAGAAAUUGUGGGAAAACACCGAGUCUGACCUCGAGUACACCAACGUCUGUGACGUUUACGGCGCUGAGCACCUGGCUCGACUGAUAGUAUCUCUCCCUGAGUUGCUGGCGCAAACCAAUAUGGACCAGCAGUCCGUAUCACGCCUCCGUGAAGAGAUUGGCAAGUUCAAUGUCUGGCUGGGACGUAACUGCGAAACCUAUUUCGCGAAUGAGUAUGAAACUCCAGCCCAGGACUACAUCGACAAGGCUCGCAGCUUCUAG